AUGACCACCAGCAACUCUCCGGAGGCGGUGCCCGACGCGGCCGGCGUCUCCGCGGCCGCGCCAUAUGGAACUCGAUCAAGAGGCCGCAAUGCGCCUCGCCCUAAUUAUGCCGAGGACCGCGACCUGGAAAUGGAGCUGGAUGCGGCACCCACCAAGCCCGGCAACAAGCGUAGCAACGGGGUGCCUCCAAUCAACACCACAUCAACCAGCUCCAGAUCUGACAGUGAGAAGUCCUCGCCGAUCCAACCACGGAAGCCGAUGACCAACGGCGCUCUCUCAGCCGCCCCUAAAGAGUCCAUCCCCGGCACCUCCUCCUUCUCUGCCCGUCCAGAGGAGGCCCAGGGAGCCGGCCCAGUGCGCAAGCGCAAGCAACCGGCAGUCGCAUCAAGUGCGAGCGCGUCCUCGCAGCCUCCUCCAGCCAAGAGGGUCUUCACCGCCGCCCCCGGCACCUCAGACGAUGGCCGCUUCACCAACAUGAUGAGCUUUGAGGAGACAGGCCCUCGCCUCAUUGAUGGCCAGAUUACAUCUGAUGACGGUGUCACGCUGGCAGUGAAUGACCAUGUCUACUUGGUCUGCGAACCGCCCGGGGAGCCGUACUAUCUCGGCCGUAUUAUGGAGUUCUUGCCCUCCAAGAACGACAAGACCCAGGGCCCCAAGAUUAUCGAGGAGCUGCGCAUUAAUUGGUACUACAGACCCCGCGACAUUCAACGCCAUAGUACGGACACGCGGCUGGUGUAUGCGUCCAUGCACUCCGACACCUGCCCCGUCGGCUCACUUCGGGGAAAGUGCGAGAUUCGCCACGCUUCUGAAAUCGAGGACCUGGCCGCGUACAAAAAGAUGCGGAACACGUUCUGGUACGACAAGAUGUUCGACCGAUACAUGCAUCGCAUGUACGAUGUCAUCCCCACCAAGGAUGUAAUCAAUGUCCCGCCCAAGGUCAAGCGGGUCCUUGACGACCGCUGGAAGUUCAUCCUGGUGGAGAUGGGCAAGGGCAAGCAACUGACGGGCGCGGUGAAAACGUGCAAACGAUGUCGUUUGUUCGCGGCGUCAGCAGAUUCCGUGGAUUGCGCAGAGUGUGGCUCCACCUACCACAUGGGCUGUGUGCGUCCCGCCAUAAUCAAGAAACCGGCUCGCGGCUUCGCCUGGGCCUGUGGCCCGUGUAGUCGCGACCAGGAUCGUAAGCUCGAAGCGCGCAACACCCCCUUGAUCGGCGGCGUCAAGGUCGACGGUGAGGACGAGGUUAUGGAGGAGGAAGAGGAGGACCACGGCGCGAACGGCGUGAUCGAUGGAACCUCGGAUAGCACUCCUGACGACAGCGAUGACACCAUGCCGCAACCCGAGACGGCCGAGCAGAUGGCUCAGGCGCGAAUGUGGCCCUAUCGGUAUCUGGGCAUCCACUGCAAGCUCGAAGAUGCUCUCGAUUAUGACGACCGCAUCUAUCCGCGGGCAAGUUCCGCCCUUGGCCCGCGGUGUCAGGCAACUGUCAACCCCUGGCCCGGACGCCCGGUGGAGUACGUCAAGUCCCAGGAGGUCAAGAAGAAAGCGGCGCGACAGUCGGGGGGCACCAAGGCUCUGACCAAGGCCGGUGAGGCCAAGAAUGCCAAGGCUGCCCGACCACCCUGGGUGCAAGACAAACCUCCGGGCUGGAUUCAGCGGGGUGAGGAUGAGCCGGUCGCCAUCACCAACACGAAGCAGGCGCGUACUGCGGACCUCCUUUUCAAGAUGCCCUCGGCGGCCCAGCUUCCGACCCGUGGCGAGGACGACGCACCCGGUUCCCAUCUCAGCCCUGCGGACCGGGAAGCCUUUGUGGAUGACUACAUGCGACGUGCGAGAGAGCUGGCCCCUUCUGUGGGCGUGGAGCCUUUCUCCACAAAUUUCUUGGAUAAGGCAAUUGGCUUGCUCUAUUCAGAAGGCUUCAACGCCGAGUCCGCGUUGGGCAAAUUGAGGAAGGUCAACAGAUACAAAGAUCUGAAAGAACCUCAUCUGAAACCGGACGAAGUGAAACUGUUCGAAGAAGGAGUCGCGAAACAUGGCUCCGAGUGGCGGCUGAUUGCCAAGCAUGUCAAGACGGUUCCAGUCGCCCAGAUCGUUCGGUACUACUACAUGUGGAAGAAAACGCCUCGUGGACGGGAGGUCUGGGGUAACUACGAGGGUCGGAGAGGGAAAAAGAACGAUCGCCGGAAGAGCAUCGCAGGUUCCAAGCUGCUGGACGAUGUAGCCGAUGAAAACGACGACUCCGCCUUCGACAACGACAAAGCAGCCGAGCUGAAGCGAGGGUUCCAGUGCAAGUUUUGUGCAACGCGGUCCUCUCGACAGUGGCGACGGGCGCCGUUGGUCCCGCCUGGUACGACGGUGCCGUCCGAUCCUUCGGCAAAGAAAGACAAAGAUAAGGGUCCCCAGCUUACUGUGUCUCUCUGCCUUCGAUGUGGAGUGUUGUGGCGGAAAUACGCCAUUCAAUACGAGGAUAUCGAUGAGAUCGGCAAGAGAAUUGCCAACAGCGGCAGCAAGUCGUGGAGGAGAAAGAUUGACGAAGAGUUACUGGCCCAACUCAUCGUCGCUACCGAGACCCCCUUCACCAUCAACAACCUUACCGCCACAACCGCCUCAUCGAUCGGGAUCCCUGUCGACCUCAACCCUCACCUCCAUCAGGAGAGCAAGCAGGACAAGAAGAAGCAGCCCCGUCCAGAGGUCCCCAGCACGACCACAUCAGCCGCCACGUCCGUGGAGCCAAUGCCCAAGAAAAAGGAAAAGGCGCCGAUCAUCGAGAAGGUCGUUCCUGAAUCUCCGCCAUUGCUUCCCGACCCACCGAGAGCCAAAGUCCUUCCCUGCGCCAUUUGUGACAAGAUCGAGCCCGCCGGCGAGGAACACAUCUCCUGUCGAGACUGCCGUCUCACGGUUCACCGCAGUUGUUAUGGCAUUUCCCCAGUUCGAGCUGGGGGCAAGUGGCUUUGUGACAUGUGCGCCAAUGACCGCAGUCCUUCGAUCUCAACCAACUACGAAUGUGUUCUUUGCCCGAUCUACCAUACCGAGCAUGAACUGAUGGAGACGACGAAGAGCACUAGUCGCAAGAAGUCCGAGCGUGACAAGGAAAAAGAGCGCCUAGAACGAGAGAUGGUCAUCGAAGCGGGCAAACUUUAUCGACAGCGUCAAGAAGCCGUUGGCAAGCCCAUCGGUCCUCGGGAGCCCCUCAAGCGUACCGCUGGUAACAAUUGGGCCCACGUGACGUGUUCUCUUUGGACUCCCGAAAUCAAGUUUGGCGAUGCAAAUGAUCUGGAACCCGCUGAAGGCUUUGGUUCCAUUCCCAAAGAGCGGUGGAGUCAAGAAUGCAAAGUUUGCAAAUCGGCCAAGGGCGCAUGUGUACCCUGUAGUUCUACUGGUUGCAAAGACUUUGUUCACGUUGGUUGCGCACUUCGGGCAAAAUAUCGAUUUGGCUUCGAGGUGACGGCAGUGAAAGGCGCUCGUAAAGAUCAUGGUCAAAUUGUCCGCCUGGGCACGGAGCAAGGCGUCCUCACACCCGUUGUCUAUUGUCCCAACCACAGUACAGGCACCGUCAUCCACGAACUCGGUGAACCAACAGGCACGGAUGGUCUCAAUGCGGUUCAGCUGUUCGCACGGACCUACAAGCAAGCCGAUCUCACGUUGACUGGAACCUCACGAAAAGCAGCUUAUGUACAGCAAUCUGUGACCACGCCAGCUGCCCAUCACAGCAAUGGGAUUGCGCAUCGACGGACGUCUACUGCCACUGGAAUAGGCGCGGGGUCCAAGGAGAACACCAAACCCAAGCCUGCGGUUGAAGAGACCGCCAAUGAAAUGGAAAUUGACACGGAAGACCACGCCGCUCCGCUGAAGCCUGCGGUGGGCUUCUUGACCAACCGCAAGUGUGUUCGAUGUUUGACCGAACACAGUCCCAAAUGGUGGCCGACUGUACGACGUGGUGAUUCACGGCCUUCCUUGGCACCCAACGGAGCUGCAAUCAACGCCAAUAAUUCUAUGUUCCCAUCCACGCGACCAUAUUCGUUCACCCAAAGCAACGGCGAUGUCGCGGAGGCCGCAUUCGAAUGCCACAAGUGUCACAUGAAGCAAUCCCCUAUGCCGGAGCCUGUCCCUGAGCCUCGCCCUUCCCCUUAUGCCAGUGCCCGCGCGCCGAUGUUUCCGGCUCCGCGCAUGGUGCCCACUCACAAUAAUCACGUACCUAACGCUAGUCACGGCCCUGGACUCGGACAUACCUACCUGCCACAUGGCCACUCCCAUCCCCCGCCACCCCCCACGAGCGUCCUCGCGCGGCCUCUUCCUCCAACUCAUCCACACAGCGGUCUCCCCGGCUACCCAGCCUACGACCAACGUCCCGGUCGCAGUCCCGACGUGCGCAAUGGCAUGUCCCCGUCACCAUACCCGUCUGGCCCUCCGCCCCCUCCCCCACCUCAUCACCUGGGUGGCUAUCCAUCCGCUCAUCCUCCAUCUCCAUUUGGCACUGGCCCACCACCUCCUCCUCCUCCGGCCCAGGCGUACGGCGCCCACCAAAGCCCGUAUGCCCCCAUCUCGGCGCGGUCACCACACCUCUCUCAGGCACCGCGAGCGUAUCCGACAUCUGCAUCACCGCCCAUUGCGCAGGCGGCAAUCAACCGGUCUCCGCAGACAGCUCUUAGCGCGCUCAAUGGAGGCCUCCCACCACGCAUCUUUGCCGCUGAGCGUGAUAUGAGUGCUGCUUCCCACUCGCCGCCGUCCACUCAAGCCCGGCUGGGUCCGCGUGGACCAACUCCUCCCAUCCGGGCCGACUCGUCGCAGUCUCUGGCCACCAUCCUUGGGGGGAAUCCCAACACCCAGCGGCAUCCCGCAGUGACUGGGACGAGCAAUGCCAGCUCUGGAGCGAGUGCGAGCCCGUCGCUCAAAAAUCUGCUUUCCUGA